AUGCAUGAGAACCAACUCCAAGGGGACAUUCCUAAUUUCCUUCCCCUUCCCACCAGUCUUCCUGGUAUGGUUGGUCUUAGUGUAGCCGGGCUUGGGACAGUCAUUCUAUUACCCGCUUCGAUCUUCUACAUCGACUUCGCCCACAAUCUUUUCAAUGCUACAAUUUCAACUGCAAUUGGCAAUUACAUUACCUCUAUAUUUUCCUUCUCGCUAUCCAACAAUCAACUCAGAGGAUCUAUCCCUCCCAGUAUUUGCAAUGCUCAAUUUGUAAGUGUCAUUGAUCUGUCGAACAAUGAACUGAACGACAUGAUCCCAAGUUGUUUAAUGGAUAACCGGGUGUUUGAUGUUUUGAAUCUGAGGAGCAAUAAGCUCGUUGGCACCAUACCUGACACAUUUCAGCCUUCCUUGUCACUAGAAACUCUUGAUCUUAGUGGGAACUAG